GUAGUGUGCUGGUUUUCUUUUUUAUGUUCUACACAGUAUUCCACACGCCGCCUUCCCACUUUAUUUUUUUCGUUCUUCAAAAUCUCCCUAAAACCCUUCAAAAUCCCUAAACUCGCCGACAAUCCAGCUGCCAUUUCCGGCUAUGACGAAGCUAUCAAAGCUCAACGUCUCACACCCCAAGUUUGUUGUUGCAAUCGGCGUCAGCGUCGCUGGCGUUCUGAUCUUUGCUGAAGUCUACCGCAGGCGGCUGGCAGCCAGAGACUCAAUGAAACGGGACCCUGGAGCCUUCAUCGAACGCUUCGAGCUUCUUCCUUUCCCUCAGCCUCCUCCUCCAGCUGCUCUUCUUCCCCUCUCUGGUUUAACGUUCGCGAUCAGCGACAAUAUUGAUGUAAAGGGGUACGUGACCGGGUUUGGAAGUCCGGCAUGGAAGCGGACGCAUGAAGCUGCGGGAAUGACGGCUCUGGUUGUGACGGCUCUGCUUAAGGCUGGAGCUACUUGUAUUGGGAAAACAGUUAUGGAUGAGCUCGGUAUUGGGGUAACUGGAAGGAAUGCGCACUAUGGAACUCCAAUUAACCCAAAGUUGCCGUCUCACAUUCCUGGUGGCUCAUGCAGUGGUUCAGCGGUUGCUGUGGCAUCCAAACUUGUUGAUUUUGCUCUUGGCACUGAUACCAUUGGAUGUGUUAGAUUGCCGGCAUCAUUUUGUGGCAUUAUUGGGUUUAGGCCAUCUCAUGGGGCUGUAUCAACUAUUAGUGUUUUGCCGGUUUCUCAAAGCAUGGAUACCAUUGGCUGGUUAUCUCAUGACCCUUCCAUUCUGCAUAAAGUUGGACACACUUUACUUCAGCUUUCCCCGUCCGAAACCAAGAGGACAAGGCGCUUUCUUGUAGCUGAUGAUCUGUUUCAACUAUCUAAGGUUCCUACACAGAAGACAGUUUAUGUUGUAAACAGAGUAGUAGGAAAAUUAUCUGGCUAUCAGACACCUCUACACAUCAAUCUUGGGAAGUAUAUUGCUUCAAAUGUUCCCAGUUUGAAAGGUUUUCAUGGAGAUUCUACUAGUCAGAACUCGGGAAUUUCAACUUUAAGAUCUCUCUCUACUGUGAUGUCUCAAAUGCUAAGAUACGAGUUCAAAACAAAUUUUGAAGAAUGGAUUAAUGAAGUCAAACCUAAGUUAGCUUCUGACAUCGCUGAUUGGGUUACUAUGGCAAUUACCUCAAUUCCUGAAAGCGUCAAGCUUCUUUAUAAGGUCAGGACUGAAUUACGAGAUGCUCUUCAGAGCCUCUUAAAGGAUGAUGGGAUAUUACUAAUUCCCACAGUUGCAGACCCACCGCCGAAACUGCACUCAAAGAAUGGUCUAUCUAAUGAAAUUGGUGAUAGAGCAUUUGCUUUGUUGAGCAUUGCCAGCUUGUCAGGCUGCUGUCAGGCAACAAUUCCAUUUGGAGAACAUGACAAAUGUCCAGUCUCUGUAUCAUUUAUCGCAUCACAAAGAAGUGAUAAAUUUUUGCUUGAUACUAUCCUGGAUAUUUUUUCUGAAAUUCAAGAAGUGAUCAUGGUUCAAAACACAUUACCAUUGCCUAAUGGUAGCAUGGAUGACUCUGAACUUUUGAAAGAAAAGGGAAAUGCCGCAUAUAAGGGUAAACAGUGGAACAAGGCUGUAAGCUAUUAUACAGAAGCUAUAAAAUUAAAUGAUGUUAAUGCAACUUACUAUAGCAAUAGGGCAGCUGCUUACUUGGAAAUGGGAUGCUUUCAACAAGCUGUAAAUGACUGUACGAAUGCAAUAUCUCUUGAUAAAAAGAAUGUGAAGGCGUACUUAAGACGAGGAACAGCUAGGGAGUCACUUCUGUUCUACAACGAGGCUCUUCAAGAUUUUAGGUGUGCACUUGUUCUGGAACCAAAGAAUAAGGUAGCCUAUCAAACUGAAAAGAGGCUGAGGAAACUCACGAGGUGAUUCUUCAUGGUAAUCACAAUAACGAAUAUUUCUCACAAAUGCUUACAAGUCUAGGAGAAGGGUUUUGCACACCGAUAAAUCCCGGUGAUAUUGUUUCUUUCACUUACAUAAAACAUUCCAAGUUCAGCUUCGUAUAGAAUCAUUGUAAAGACGGUGUCUUUUGUGCUGACUGGAAAGCAAAGUGGCCGGUGUUGCCAAGUUCAGCUUCGUAUAGAACUGCCCCCCACUCCCCCCAAAAAAGCAAAGAAAAAUAGUCAAAUUCCAAAGGAUGGAUAUUUAUCUCUUAAAUAAAUUUCAACUAUAAAUGUUCACCUUUUUCAAAUUUCUUCCAGCAUCGAAUUGGU